CAUCACCGUCCGCACGAGAACGAGCAAUUGAGCACUGGAUAUCACAAAUCAACUUUCGAAACCCUCCAGCAUCACCCUAGCGAGUUCUCUGAAUCCAAUUGACGCCCCCCUGAUUACCACUUUGUAAUCGCCCAAGAUGACUGCUGCAGGCAACAAAACCCAACCUCAUCCCCGCCCAUCAUCUCUUCGUGAUAAUUAUCGAUUCAAGUCGUUCGCCGUACCAUGAGACCGGCAAGAACAUCACUUCUCACAAUACCUACCACACUACUCCUCUCAGCAGCCAGCACUCUCCGCCUCGCCACAACCACUCGCACAACCUACGACCCCUUCAUCAACUUCCCACCUCACCACCAACACCACCAUCACCACCUCGCAAUGUCUCCCACCCCUCCAAACACAACACCACGCCUCGCGCCCGUGAUAUCGCUCUCCCACGGCGGCGGCCCCAUGCCCCUCCUCAACCACCCCUCCCAACACGCCAUCAUCACCUCCCUCAGCAAGCGCGUGCCCCAGAUCCUCAAACUCAACACCCCCUCGGCCCCGCGCGCCAUCAUCGUCGUAACAGCCCACUGGUCGUCCCCCACCCCCUCCGUCCUCAUAACCUCAUCCCCGAACCCGCAACUCUACUACGACUACGGCGGCUUCCCGCCCGAAACCUACAAAUACAAACACGACGCCCCGGGUUCCCCCGCCCUCGCAUCCGAAAUCCAGUCCGUCCUCCUCUCCCACAACAUCCCCGCGGAGCUCGACCCCGAACGAGGCUGGGACCACGGCGUCUUCGUCCCCAUGAAACUCAUCGACCCGUCGGCCUCCGUACCCCUAAUCCAACUCAGCGUGCUCGAGUCCGAGGAUCCGGCCGCGCACUUCGCGCUGGGCAAGGCGCUCUACUCGCUCCGCGAAAAGGGCGUCGCGAUCGUGGGGUCCGGGUUCGCGAGCAUGCACAACCUGUCGCUGAUGUUCAACUCGCACACGACGUCCUCGCGACGGUUCCGGGACCUCUCGACGGUGUGGGGCGCGAGCAUCCACGACGCGGUGUUCGAAGUCGACGAGGCGGAACGGGGCAGGAAGUUCGAAGGGUGGAGGGACUGGGAGGGGAGCUAUACGAUGCAUCCGCGUGGUGGGGCGGACCACUUCAUGCCGCUGAUUGUGUGCGCGGGUGCGGCGGGCGAGGGCGCCAGGGCGAAGGGGUAUAGUGAUGAGAUGAUGGGGAUGGAGAUUUGGAGUUAUUACUGGGAGGACUGAAUUUGCGAAGCACACCCCCUCUCUCUCUCUCUCUCUGUCUCUCUCAUCUCUCUCUUUUUUUAGAUACAUACAUACAAUCCACAGGAAAUGAAAUAUACAAUUUUUCGAAACUAUUGCGCCUGAAAGUUCCACACUGUCCUCCUGUGUCUAGCUAAGUCCCCACUCACUCACUCACUCCCACUUCCCCUCCCCACUCAUCCGUCUAUCUGGCUACAUACUGCUCGUCCAAACUCGGAUUCCAAGAAGCAAAGGGUAAGGGACAAUGCUUUUUUUGUUAAUCAAAGGGACGAAUCUGCCCGGAGGGAGACGAAAAGGGGGUUGGAAAAGUAGGACACAAGGAGAUAGUAUUUUGUAUACACAACGAACUGUUUUACGGGGACACGCGCCGGUGUGAAUGCUUUGUUUUGAUUUGUGAAAGGGGAAAAGAACAAGAACAGGCGGACGGACAAAAGAUGUGUGAAUGUGUGUAAGUGCUGGGUUGGAACUGUAU